AUGGAUAGUACAAGUCCAUUUCAACCUUGGGCCACAGACGAUAGUGCAAAAAAUGUUAAAACUGAGCGAGAACUAGUGGAUGACGCGAAACUUCAUCGGGAAAAUGUCAAUCAUCCAAAACAUAGGCAAACUGCGUCUUACAAUAAAGAAAGUGUCGCCGUUCCAAGCAACGCUCCGGGAUCGUCGAGCUCCACGGCCCCCGGCGGCGAGCCCGCACGGGGCAGCGAGUCCAACAUGGACUCUAAUAAAAUAGCUUCCAUGCAGCAGAUAGUCGAGAACACCCUCAGUCAGGAGGGUCGGCAGAGGGUAGCUCAAUUACUGGAAGCAGUGGAGGCACUGAGUGGUGCAGAGAGACUACUUCUGUACCUUCGCUUGCCGACCGGAGUUCCACAACAUGAUCCUCUAAAACAACCAAUUAAUCCGUUGGGUUCACGGGCUGAACUUCAGCAGACUGUAACUUGGAUACAGACACACUUAGAAGUUGACCCAGAUGUAUCAUUACCUAAGCAAGAUGUAUAUGAUGAAUAUAUUGCACAUUGUAUGAGCAGUAACAUGAAGCCCCUCUCUACCGCUGAUUUCGGGAAAGUGAUGAAGCAGGUGUACCCUACCGUGCGUCCGCGACGUCUAGGGACACGCGGCAACUCCAGAUACUGUUACGCAGGACUGAGGAAAAAGAUCAAACUAGAAGUGCCACAGUUGCCAGAUUUGGGUGAAUCAUCUAAGGAACCAACUACGGCUUCUAGGGAAACUGAAAGGAUCGUUUGUGACUGGGCCGAAACAAAACUAGGCGUGAAGUUCUCGAGUAUAGUGGAGUUGUCUCGGCACCUGAUGUCGACGAGCGCCCCGCUGGCGCCGCCCGGCCCCGCCAGCGCGUCCCCGCCCCCCCUCGCACAGCCACACCCACCCGCUGAGGACGCAACAAGCCGACAAUUGAUAAAGCAUCUAAAACGGAAAAUACAGACGCAGGGAACUCCUGGGAGACCUAAAAAGAACAAAGGUCAAGAAGUGUCUGGAGAAUCUCCACCGUCAACAUCGUACGCGGGCCACCACCAGCCAAUGAAACACGAGAGCGAGCCCCUCCCACCCGACAUGAGCUACGGGUAUCAGCCCCCCUACGUGCCCGUGUACGACGUGCGACCCACCCUCCCGGCCUACGCGGCCCCGCCCCGCGCCCACCCCCCGCACGUGCCCGCCGCACCGCACCCCGCCCUGCCGCUGCACGAGUACCGGCCCGACCCCUACGCCUUUGAGCCGUCGUACGCGCCGCGCGACCUCACACGCCCGGACCUCGCGCGCCCCGACCUCGCGCGCCCAGACCUCACGCGCCCAGACCUCACGCGCCCCGCCGACAGCGCGCACAACCUGCCUAUCAACCUCAGCAGCGACGCGCGCGACCAACAGCCCGAGCGCACGGACUGGCAGCGCCGCCGGCCGCCCGAGCCGCCGCCGGCGCGCCUGCCGCUGCCCGGCAAGAAGCUCAUCCUCGAGACCUACCACAGCGAGACGCGCGCCAGCUCGCCGCGCUCCUCGCAGACCGACGCGCGCUCGCACCACGUGCCCGAGGACUUCCCGCGCACUGAGUACCUGCCGAAGAAGAUGCGCGCCGCCGAGAUCCUGGGCGGCAAACUCGCCGCGGCGCGACAGCUGCAAGCGCCGCUAGUGGCGCCGCCCGCGCCCGCGCCCCAGCUAAUGCCGGCCGGGCCUGCGCCCCCGCUGGUGGCGGGCGCCCCCGCGCCCCCAUUAGUGCCGCCCGAUGUGGCAUGUAGCUCCGCCCCUGCACCCGCCGAUGCCCCCGUUCGUCCAGAGGUUGCUUUUUUAGAGGAUCCAAAAAACUUAACGAGCCGGUCCAAAAGCACCGCCGCGGCGCUGGCCCGGGAGGAACAGGAGGCGGCGAGUCCCACACGGUCGGUGAAGGCUCCGACGUCUAAGUCCGAAAUGCUACGCAAUAAACUACGGAAAUCGAGCGGCCGAGCCAGUGGACCCUCGCCGGAUCGGGCGGGAUCGCCCGAGCGAACCGUGACGCCUGAUUCGUGUUGCGGUCUAGAUGGGAUUAAUAUCAAAACUGGAAUGAUUUGCGAAGAGAAACACUCUGAAAUCCUAAAUAGAGAACGUGUGAUUAGCAUAUGCAACAUUGAUAAGCAUGAUUUAGACGACUAUUUGAACGAAGGUAACAGCCAAGAGCAUGAAGAGGAGUUACUGCAGUAUUUCCACCAACGCGCUAAUCAGUCGCAAGCCCAAGCAAACACAAGCACGUCUGAUAACGCAGCUGCUUUUUUAGAACAAGGCCAGGACCCACACGACGACCAUAGUCAGGGCAAAAAUGAAAAAAUAUCGCAGCUCAGAGAGUUACUGGCUAAAAACUUAAAAAACCAAAGUGGGUCUAAUUUACAGACAAUGCAAAUUAAUCAGGAGUCACAAAUAUCUCAAGAGAACUGUCAUGAGCCUGCGCCCAUGAAGACUUCUAUUUCAGAAGGUGCUUUCAAACCACUUGCGACUAAUGAACCUGAUUUGAAUGGCCCAACUUUAACGAAUCAGACUUCUAUAAACAACAACAAGCUGGCUGUUUCUGUUCCAAAUCAAAAUGGCACGUCUCUAUCGUAUGUGAAUGACGCUACCAACCAGGUGACAGGGAACAUUGGUGGCCCGCAUUUAUACAACGGACAUUGUCAUAAUGAACCUCAGAGCCCAACUACUAGAACGCAACAGUACGAGUUUGUGCCUAUAUCUGAUGGUUGUCACUCUCCAGGCAACUUCCAUUCCAAAUCGCCACUAGGGUUCGGACAGAGGGGUCAAAGUCCGACUAAAGUAAACAAACAAAUUAUUAUGGGUGGUUCGUUACAAACGUCCCCUAUAUCGCACAGCACUGCAGCGAGCCCAUUCGUGAGUCCACGCAACACACCGGUACCACGGUCGCGGUUGUGUCCGAGGCCUAUACCAAAGCACAAUGGAAGGAAACGCCGGAAUCCUUUAUCUCUUGGUGUAGUGGACCCUUGCUCUAAACAGUUUGCUAUCCCCAACGAUCAAAAGUUUAUGAGCAAAACCAGUGUUUGUGGUCCAGGCAAAUACUGCCAACCGAUCUCGGCGCCUCCCUCGCCCAACAUAAUGACACAAUACAAGAAUCAUAUGUACACGUGCCCGUCGGGGAUGUCUAACGGAUCUAAUAAUCUUUGUUUAAAUUUUUUACCCAACACACCAUUCCGAGAUCAUGUCAAUGGCGACCAACCCUUAUCUGCUGAUCCGUUGUCGAGUGAGGUUAGUCAGUUUUUCCAAGAAUCACUGACUUACAGAUCGGGUCCCGACACUUUCCGGUCGCAAUCGGUACCCUUGAAACAGGGUAUGGGAAAUAUGGGGCUGUUGAGUUAUAACAAUACGCCAGUGGGAUCAGUCCCGCCGACUCCGGUUCCGAACGAGUUUUGUGAUUUCGGAUCUCUUGCUGAUACGUGUGACAUUUCCAAAGCUGGGCUUAAUCGAGAAACACUCGACAAGAUUUACGAUGCUAUUGACAGCAGCAACGACGUGCUCACUUCAAGUGCGACAAGUAUUCUAAAUACUAAUGACACUCUGAGUAAUGGCUGUGAUCCCCUGCCCGAACACCCAAUACUUUCGAUUAUACCGAGUGGUGACGAUUUGCUCGAAAGAACUAACCAGUUCAACCAAUCGUUCACCAACGACAGCGCCACCGCCGACAACGUGGAAGAUUUUCUAAAACGAGCAAAUAGUAUCGAGUUUGACUUGUCGGAAUUAGUUACGGAAAAAAAUAAAUACUACACUUCACGAUCGGUUCCGAGUACACCGCUCCCAUACAAACGCACCGCGCCCAACUUGCAAAUAGAUUCUCGCCGGUCGAGAGAACUGUUCGCUGCAGAAAAUUACUCUAACGUAUCGAACGGGAUAUCGUCCAAGUCAGUGCCAUCCACUCCCCAGUUCGCAGAGGACCGGAGCGUGUUCAGUUACAGUAACCGAGACUUCCUCAUAAACGGUAACUCCGUGUGCGGGUCGAGCGCGCUGCACGAGCCGGUGGUGGACAGCGAGCAGACGCUGACGUCGCCGCUGCACGACAUGCUGCGCGAGGACAUCCUCGGCGACCCGCUCACGCCCGCCUUGCUGGCCGACCUCGACAAGAUGGACGCCGCUCCCUAUGUCGAUCUCUAG